UAAUUGAGAUGUAUGAUGCAUUCAAGUCUUAGCAUCGUCUGAUAUUAAGUUGCAGUAUGUAAGGAUAACAUAUUGAUAUAUUCCGUACUUCCUUCAAGUUCCUUGUAGAAUCGAAUGGAAAUGUCAAUUAUAAAAGUGGCAAAUUUAUAACAUGAAGCAGUGUAAGGAUUACUAUCGGAGCUUUAAAGAGCUUCGGGUAUAGAGUAAUGUGCAUGCUACAGCCGAGGGGUUGCUUUCAAAUAUCAAUCUCAGUUUCGGGUCCAACGUGAGCAAAACAUUCAAACUUUCUCAACAACAACAACCCGAUUCUACUUAACUACCAAGAGCUUCGUAGCUAGAGUAUCUGCACUAUGGCUAUCUUCCACGUUGUCAUGUUCAAAUUCAAAGACCUUAUACCCCAAGAGGAAGUCAAGGCGGCUUGCGCCCGGAUGCUGGCUCUAGGAUCGAAUUGCAUCCAUCCCACAUCGCAGAAACCCUAUGUAAAGGUACAUGGUGGAGGAAAAGACAACAGCCCUGAAGGAAAGCAGCUUGGAAUGACGCACGCAUUCGUCUUCGAGUUCGAGUCGGACGAAGACAGGGCGUAUUAUCUUCACGAAGACCCAGCUCACUCGGAAUUUGUUACGAGUGUUAUAAACUUACUCGACGAACUUCAGGGUGUCGAUUUUACCCCUGGUGAGUUCUAAGUCUUGAGACUUGAGAUAGAACAUUGAAGCAAGUGAGAUGGCAGGAUGGAAGCUUUGGGGCUUGUGGAAGUCGGGGGAAAGCGGGCUGGCGGGCGGGUGGAGGCAGUAUGUAAACGAAAUGACGUCGAUUUGAUUGGUGUCUAGCGAAAAGUGGAAAGGCGCGUACGCUAGAGCCAAUUAAGAUUAAUUACAGCCCUACGUCAUCCCCCACUUUACUAGCUUUGCUUGUGGAUUAUGGAUCCGAUGCUAGGCCCCACUUCACCUACCGUACUGUGUAAUAGCUGGGGUUUGUAUUCCGUAGGUACCUAAUUAGCAGUACAAACGUUCACUACAGACGCGCAGGAACGGAACAACCAAUGUUCAUCAUUCAAAG